UUGUUCUUGUGGAAUUAAACGGGAGGAUUAUAUCGCCGGGAGGAGUGCGGGUGGAGGCUGUGUAUUUUGGGAUCAUAUUUGCUGGAUAGGAAUGGUGUGGGGCGAGGAGGCCCUGUAAAUGUGUGUCAUGAAGCUUCUCACCGCCUGAGUGACCCCAUAAAGGGAGCUCUUUCUCAUUCAAAAUGAUGAUGCAUAAGCAAUCGGCCCGUACCUCCCCGGGCAGCGUUUGUUCUCUGCGUGGAGGAGGUGUUCCUGGAUCCCCAGCGGUCACUAUAGUGACCAAAAUGGACAAUCAAGUGAUUGGGUAUAAGGAUCUAGCAGCUAUACCUAAAGACAAGGCCAUUCUGGAUAUAGAGAGACCUGACCUGAUGAUGUAUGAGCCCCACUUCAGCUAUUCACCAAUGGAGAGGUCAUUAUCUCCUCGUUCAAUCUCCCCUCCUCCAUCUCCAGAGAACAGUCUAUCAAAGGAUGUCUAUCAGAGGGACUGGUCAGAGCCCAAAUCAUCAGGCAGCUCAUCUCCAGCCUCCACACAGCUGAGUAAAAGCAUCACUGUCAGCACAAAAAUCUCACACCAGCAACAGCACUUUCACAGGCCAGACAAUGGAACCAACAUAUACAAGAAGCCGCCUAUAUAUAAACAAGAUGUCUCAGCAGCCGUUCCACACAGUAAACACAUCGAGGAUUUAAUCAUCGAGUCCUCAAAAUUUCCUGCCGCACAGCCUCCAGACCCCAACCAGCCCUCUAAGAUAGAGACGGACUACUGGCCCUGUCCACCCUCACUAGCUGUUAUAGAAAAAGAGCGGAAGAAGAGUGUGUCGUCCAAGAUGGCUGAGGGAGAGGAGGCUGAGGAGGAUGAUAAAUAUGAUGACAGUGAUCUGUCUGAUGACAUGUGGAGACUUCGGCAAAUGCAGAAACAAGAGCUCAACAAGAUUCAAUCCAAUCUAGGAAAACUGAUACUAAAGGAGGAGAUUGAGAGUGCGGCCCCUGUCCGAAGGAAAACACGGUCUCUGCCUGACAGGACGCACAUGCAUAUGGGUACAUUUCAGUCCUCCAAAUCCCCUUCAUUUCCUUCCUACACUAAAACUGGCCUGACUAGGCUCCAGUCUGCAGAGUUCUCAUCAAACAGUGAUAAAGGGAGUCAAAGUAAAGUGCCAAAUGGAGAUGCCCAAAGCAGAAGGAUAGACAGGGGGAAUUCACUCCCUAGUAUGCUGGAACAAAAGAUUUACCCAUAUGAGAUGCUCGUUGUGACUCACAGAGGCAGAAACAAACUCCCUCCUGGAGUAGACAGGACAAGACUGGAGAGGCACCUGUCGCCUGAGGAAUUCCAGAAUGUCUUUGGAAUGUCCAUAGAGGAAUUUGACCAGCUCUCCCUUUGGAAGCGGAACAACCUGAAAAAGAAAGUCUCUCUCUUCUAGUAGUCAAAGAAAUACGUUCUUUUACAAACACUGUCACGCGUCUGCACUUCCGCUUGUGAAAACAGUACAGGCGAUACAAAAGUUAAGGAAAGAUGAGGAAUGUAAUAUGAGGAAUGUGAUUUUGGAGCCAGCAAAAAAAUCAGUUAUCCUUAUUGUUGGAUAAGCCCCAUAUCUGAUUGCAGCUAACAAUCAUAUCCGAGUCUGUGGUGUUGUCUCUUUUUCUAGUUGCAGCUACUAUGUCAGGACUUCACUGAGGUUACCAAGACCUCUACUGUGUGUGCUUAGCAAAGCUAUAAUGAUAUACACAGAUAUGAAUGCUACGUAUACACAUGAAGCAGACAUGAAUCGCACCAGUUAUUUGAACAGACCAAUUCCCUGCAAAAAAAAAAAAAUCAGGACCAACAGGAACCUGUGAGUUUAAGUCACUGCCACACUUUUCAGCCUUUAUGUGCUAAGCAUGAAUUAACAAACCUUUAGAAUAUGGGUCAAUGACAUUUGUUGUCCAGAUUUAUUUAUUUGUGUAAAAUAUUAUUUAAAAAUGCAAUUUUUACAUACUAGGGCUGGGUAACAAAAUAUAGAUUCCUCGAUUUUAAUCGAUUCUCGUUUUUAGGAAACCAUAUCUAUUCUUAAACUGAAGUGCAUUGAAACAUGAAGCGUUAUUCUAUGUGUUGACGGAAUUUCAACUGAAGCGGGAAGCGUGCCAUUCACCGUACAGAAAAUACUAAUUUUGUGAACGAGUGACCGAUUUUAGCUGCAGCAGUGUCUAUUUAUAGUGUAGGGGGCGGGACGCUUCGGAUUCUAGAGAGCAUUUGGUUGGACAGAAAGUUUGAUGAGAAGUGGAAGUGCAGGGUGAUGUCAUCAAAAUUGUUGAUCAUAUUGGCGGAGGUCAAGAGACUGUAAGUUUUGAAUGCUUAUAUCUUCAAAAUGCUAAUUUUGUCAUUGUUUUGAAGCACUGUAGCUUAUAGAUAAACUUCAAGCUAACAUUUUCAGACUAAAAGCCAAAAAAAAAUCAAUUUUGAUUUCAUGGGGGCUUUAAAUCACAAGAAUCGAUUAGUCUGGCCUGUUUUCAGUAAUGAAUGGAGUAUUGUAGAACUCUUUCCAUCCAAUAGAUUGCAAUAAGCUUGGUGCUUUGUUCAUUUUUUGAUAUGAAACAUGGUUUCAGAUUUCAAAUUCUGUCCAUAACAGUAUUCAAACAAUAAAUGCUGUUUUGGCGCUGUUUAAUGUGGAGUGACAGAUCGCUGUAGUGCCUCAUUGAAAUGUCUUAAAGGGACUUUGGAAAACAUAUUCGGUGAGCAUAAACUCAUUAGUCAGCUAAAAAAUGAACUCCAGAGAGGAGAAUUCGAUAAAUAUAUGCAACAUAUAACAUAAUCAAGAUAAUUUUUACUGUUCGUCAAUGUUUAAUUUGUGUUUGAAUUAAUCCGCCAUGUUUUUAUGAUUUAGCCAGUAUUUAAAUGUUGAUAUUUCAAAAAAACGAAUUGUAGAAAUAUAAUUAGGCUAUGUAAUAGUAACUUCAUUUAGCAGUUGUAUACAAAUCAGUUACAUUUAAGCUUCAUUAUUAUAGUAAUGUAGUAUAUUUUAUAGCAUUAGUUAAGAUAUUUUUUUCCCCCCCAAGAAAAUUGGGCAUGUACUACUAUACCUGAUUUAUAUCCAGAAUAAAUUAAUAAUAUAUCAAAUUGAAUCAAAUCGCAAGCUUGUGAAUCAGAGAUAAAUCAUAUCGUGAAAUCUGUGUCAAAACCCAGCUCUAAUACAUACAAAGACUUAAAUACACCUCUUCUAAAAUGAGCAUGAAAUUAUAUUUUUGAAUUAAAAUGCAGAAUUAAAUUCCUAAAAAAUGUCAGUGACACAACUGUUCUGAUGUAAAGAAGAAAACAGAUUUUUUUUUGUACGACAGCAAGGUUAGUAAAAUGCCAUGUGGUGCGACUGUAAAAUCUUCAUUAUAAUUCUGAAUGAUAAUUCAUGAAAUGUCUUUUAUUAAUUAAUGAUAUUUGGAUAUUUCUAACAAAUAUACAUAAAAAUAUAAAGCAUCAACAUUUUUAAAAGCCAUAUGAAACCAGCAUACAUCAAUACAAAGAAUACAAAUUGGCAUGUGCUUUAAACUAGUUUUUUUUUAAAAUUAUUAUUCUUUAUGGUGGACAGUCUUAUUUGUCAUUGACCCAUAUUUGUAAAAGCAGCUCAGUAUUUGAAUUAAGCAAAUCAGCUAAUGCUGAUAGUUUAGAAUCAAGUACAGUUUAUACUAGAGACUCAAGACGCACAUGUUGCACACCCUCAUUCCUUACACCCUAACACCAAUAUUAGCCACGCAAAUACCAGCGGUACAAUAUACAGGUACAGCAACAAUUCCCACGGCAGCAGCUGAUGAUUCCAAGCGCGAGAUUGCUGUUCCAAAGAAAGCUACUGUACAUUAGUGAGAGUUUACUGAAUAUUGGAUAUGAGAAGUAUGAAUCCUGCAUGGCAAAUGUAUCCUGCUUUUCUUCAGUGAUGAUGGAUUGUGAAUCGUGGGUGUGAUCAAUACGUCUCCUCUUCCGCAGGAUGUAUUGAUUGAACAGUGUCACUCGCUCCCUCUAUCCUAUCGUCUUUUUCUCUCCCUCCUUCCUAUUUUGCUGCUAUUGCCUUUUAAAGCACCUUUACUGUUUUGGUUCUAUCCUCUUUUGUUCUUGACGGGUGGAAAUGUUUUUUAUAGUGUUCCUGUUUUAUAGGAUAAGGAUAGGUUAGGAUAUAAAGGGAUUUUAGAUGUAUGCACCUGAUGGUUGCUGUUAGCCUGAUGGAUUGAUUUUGCAACCCUGGUUUUUGCUUUCUGUGGAUUUACAAAUACAGGGUUGAGCAGAAUUCAGAGUUUAACUGGCUCUUUUUCAAUUCAUUAAUGAAUUUUUGUUAAUUGCUUUGGUCACGACCCACAGGAUAUUGAAUUGGAAAGACAGGAGGAUGAAUAUACUGAACGGCAAAAAAAAAAAGACAUUCACACAGUGGUGAUGUUUCAAAGGUCCACAUUUUGCAACAAAUUUUGUUAAUUAACUAUAUUAAUUAUAAUUAAUAUUAUUUAAAAAAUAAUUACAAUUAUACAUUAUAUAUUAAAUAAAUAAAUGAAUAAUUAAAUCAAUAUUGUUAUGAAAUUAUGAUAUAGAAUGUAAAACUGGUAUUUCAUUUAAAUUCCCUGUUUUAAAAUUCUUUUUGGAAUGGCACACAACCCUAAAGUUUAUAUAUUCUACUCAAUAUUAAAUAUUAAUUUCUUUGCUUUUAUUGCUCCAGUGACCAAAUGAAGUGUUUGGAUGAAGUGCAUGCUUUGUAUCCAGGGUUUGUACCUAACAAAAUCGAACAGAAAUGUCAUAAGAACAAAACAAUCACUAAAAAGCAACAUAUAUAUCAACUUGAGAAUGUACAGUAGAAGUACAGAAAUAGACAUUCCACGUUCAUUUUUGUAGAAGCACUGCUCAAAAGGAUAUAUGUGGAGAGAAAUGCAUAUUAACACAAUCUGACACCUGAUUCACACUUGUGCCGUUUAAAAUGUUUUCUUGUGUGACUGAAGGGGCACAAAUUCAUCACAAUACUCAAUAAUCAUGAAAUUAUGCUACUUAUCAAUCUUUUUUUUUUUUCUGUGGCAGCUUAAAGUUGUGUUUUUAUGGUCUGAAAAUAUUUGUGGCUUCAGAAGUCAGGACUUCUUUAUGAAAUAAAUUUUUUUGCUAGGAAAUAUUUUGCAGUACGGCACUCAUUACAUCCUAAAGCACUUGAUUCACUCUUACACACCUAAAGGGAUGAAUGUUUUCACAAAAUAUGCUCUUUUAACCCACAUGUACAUGCAUCUGAUAAAAAAUGUUCCAAAUAUUAACAUUUAUUCAUUUUUCUCUACUUAAUGAAUAGUGCUUUUCUUCGUUUUUUUUUUUUUUUGUGAACGUGUGAUGAAUGGGGAAAAAAUAAAAUGGAUUUAUUAAAGUGA